AUGUUUUACAAAAUCACACUUCAAAGGUCCUUAAUAGGUCUACCUCAAAAAUCAAGAUCUAUUGUAAAGUCGUUAGGCUUAGGAAAAAGAGGUUCUAUAGCGUAUCAGAAGAUUUCACCUUCUACUGCAGGUGCCAUAUUGAGAGUGAAAGAACUUGUAGAUGUUGAACUGACAGACAAAGCUUUAACAAAAGCAGAAGUUCAUGAUUCAAGAAGAAGUAAUCCUGGCUUUAUAAUCGAAAAAAGGGUAUCUACUUAG